CAUGCCUAUGUUAAUAAUUAUUAGCCGCUGGGCGAAGGUAUAAAGGCACGAAGUGAACGCCGUGUGCCUACUUAUUACUCCUCCUUUAGCCAUGGCGUUCGCUGGAAAAUACCAACUGGAAUCGCAUGAAAACUUCGUGCCGUUUAUGAAGGCGAUAGGUCUCCCAGAUGACCUGAUCGAAAAGGGCAAAGACAUCAAGAGUGUUUCAGAGAUUGAGCAGAAUGGUGAUGAUUUCAAGGUUACCCUGACGACUGGGCCCAAAGUCAUAAUCAACACCUUCACAUUGGGGCAGGAGAGUGAGCUGGAGUCACUAACUGGGGAAAAGGUCAAGGCUGUGGUGAGGCUGGAGGAUAAUAAGUUGAAGGUCUCGAUGAAGGGCAUUGAAUCUGUCACAGAACUGGUUGACGCAAACACGAUCAUGAACACCAUGACUGUGGCAGGCAUCGUUUACAAGAGGAUCAGCAAGCGCGUGUAGAAGGCAUUGUUUCUUGGGUUUAAUAAAAUUUUGAAAAACAAA